ACGGAAAGGACGGCAGGGAAUCCAAUGGUGGAGCAAAAGAUAUGGCUCGAAUGUGCUUCUCCGCCAGAAAAAUGUUGUUCAACAAUCGUUAUGAACUCGCGUCUGCGAGCACUAGGUGGAAGAAUAAAUAACAGUCGAGUGUCAGAACUACCAAAAGAACGAGCACGAUCCGAGAUCGUCUGCAAUGUCCACUUUCUGGAUAGCUCAGUGCAAAACUUCAAAGUUAGCAAACAAGAUAUUGGUCAGGUCUUGCUGGAUUUAACCUGUGAUCACUUAGGUGUGUCGGAGAAGGAAUAUUUUGGUUUACAGCACUUUGAAGAAUCAGCAGACUCGCCAAGAUGGCUUGAACCCAGCAAACCUGUUCGAAAACAGCUAAAAGGAGGUUUUCCCUGCAGCCUGCAUUUUCGAGUAAGGUUUUUUAUACCUGAUCCUAAUACACUGCAACAGGAACAAACGAGACAUUUAUUCUUCUUGCAACUGAAGACUGACAUUUUGGAAGGAAGGUUGAUGUGCCCUGUUAAUUCAGCUGUUGUCCUUGCAUCAUAUGCGGUUCAGUCUCAGCUUGGAGACUACAAUUCUUUCAUCCAUCUCCCAGGAUAUCUCUCAGAUUGUCGCUUUGUACCAGAGCAAAAUAAAGAUUUUCUAACCAAAGUAGAAUCAUUACACGAACAACACAGUGGCCUCAAAAAAUCGGAAGCAGAGUCCUGCUACAUCAACAUAGCAAGAACGCUUGAAUUCUAUGGAGUAGAAUUGCACAGUGGUAGAGAUCUGCAUAAUCUGGAUCUGAUGAUCGGAAUUGCUUCAGGAGGUAUUGCUGUAUAUAGAAAACUUAUUUGCACAAGUUUCUAUCCAUGGGUGAACAUAGUAAAAAUUUCUUUCAAACGAAAGAAAUUCUUUAUUCAGCUGCGGCAAAAACAUAGGGAUUCCAGGGAACACAUAAUUGCCUUCAAUAUGUUGAAUUACCGGGCAUGCAAAAACCUCUGGAAAUCUUGUGUAGAGCUUCACACAUUUUUCCAGGCAAAGAAGAUGCUACCUCAUGAAAAGAAGCUACUCUCUCAUUACUGGACGACGGGUUCUCGAACCCCAACAAAAUCUUCGAAUAAUCAGUACUGCAAAAAGGUAAUAGGUGGCAUGAUCUGGAAUCCAGCAAUGAGGAGAUCUUUAUCUGUUGAACACCUAGAGACCAAAAGUCUUCCUUCUUUGUCUCCUCCCGUUACGCCAAACUGGCGAAGUCCUAGACUACGUCAUGAGAUUCGUAAACCACGACACUCAUCUGUAGAUAAUCUUGCAAAUGAGAUUUCUUAUAUAACAGAAACUGAAGAUGUUUUUUACACCUAUAAGGUCUCCCCGACUUCUAAAGACAGUGAUUCAGAGGUGUCCCAGGGCCGCAGCCCAUGGAGAAGAUCAUCAGAACAAGAAUCACCAACGAAAGUUUUGGAAAAAGAUUCAACACAGAAUUCCUUACCCCAGACUCGCAAUGGCACUGGGAAAUUUUCAGGCUCUUAUUCUUUGGAAGGAAAGGAUAAGCAGUCUUCAGAAACAAAUGAAAAUAUUACAAAAGGAAUUUCAGUGGAGGAUUCCAAUCAGUACUACUGUGAUAAGAAUGACAUGAUUGAUGGAGACUUGCUUUUGAUACACAUCCUGCCAGACGAAGAUGGGAAAUUUGGAUUUAAUUUGAAGGGUGGUAUUGAUCAGAAGAUGCCUCUCGUUGUGUCCAGAAUAAUUCCAGGUUCCCCUUCUGAUAAAUGCAUUCCAAAACUGAAUGAAGGAGAUCAAAUAGUGUUAAUCAAUGGCCGAGACAUCUCUGAGCAUACACAUGACCAAGUGGUGAGAUUUAUAAAAGCCAGCAGAGAGCUGCAUACCAGAGAGCUUGUGCUUCUGAUUAGGCGGAAAGUUGUCAGACCGUGCACUGAUAGCAAGUCCGAGGAUGAAGCAUUUCCAGAGCCCAGUCUUCUUGCCUGUUCAGAAUAUGGUGAAACCCUGGAAGAGUCAAUGGAGCAACUGAAAAAAGGACUAGAAAGUGGCACAGUCUUAAUUCAGUUUGAGCAACUUUAUAGAAAGAGACCAGGGUUAGCUGUUACCUAUGCAAAACUACCUCAAAACAUGGACAAAAAUCGGUACAAAGAUGUUUUGCCUUACGAUACCACCCGAGUAAUAUUAAAAGGAAAUGAAGAUUAUAUAAAUGCAAAUUAUGUUAAUAUGGAAAUUCCCCCUGCUGGCCUUGUGAACAAAUACAUUGCCACUCAAGGUCCUCUCGCGCACACCUGUGCCCACUUCUGGCAGGCGGUUUGGGAUCAUAGGUUAUCGCUGAUUAUCAUGUUAACAACCCUCACAGAACGAGGACGGACCAAAUGCCAUCAUUAUUGGCCCAAUCCUCCAGAUAUCAUGGAGUACGGCAACUUCCGUGUCAAGUGUCGAUCUGAAGAUUGCACCAUUGCCUACGUGUUUAGAGAAAUGGUUAUUACAAAUAUUGAAACUGAGGAAGAACACACAGUCACUCAUCUCCAGUACGUGGCUUGGCCGGAUCAUGGCGUUCCGGAUGAUUCCACAGACUUCUUGGAAUUUGUGACCUACAUGAGAACAAAGAGAGUAGACAACGAGCCAGUUCUUGUUCAUUGCAGUGCUGGAAUAGGCCGGACUGGAGUAUUGGUUGCUAUGGAAACAGCUAUGUGCUUAAUUGAAAGAAACCAACCUGUUUAUCCACUGGAUAUUGUACGCAAAAUGCGAGAAUAUCGUGCUAUGAUGGUGCAGACAUCGAGUCAAUACAAAUUUAUCUGCGAAGCUAUUCUUCAUGUUUAUAAAGAAGGACUCGUUGGCCCGCUGGAUACCAGUUAG